AAAAAAAAAAAUAAAAAGUGAAUUCUGUAAGCAUCAUCGUCAUUGGUAACCUGCGAAAAAAAAAGACACAAAUUAUUAAAAUUAUAAGAAAAAAUGAGCAAAACUUGCAGCUAAUUUUUUUUUGCAAGUACUUAAGGCAUAAGUCGAAACUUUUUAUUUUAUAACAUCGAAAGAAAAAAAGUGAAUAAACAAAAUGUAUUGCCUGUGUCGAUCGGCGAAUGCCAUUUGCGUUCGGAUUAUAUUGCUGGAUGAAACGGAUUUUCUUCAUGAAAUUAAGGAUGAUUUGCCGGCACAAGCGUUACUCGAUGUCGUUUUUGCACGUCUAAAUUUGAUUGAAACUUGUUACUUUGGAUUACGAUUCGUGGAUCAGGAUGGCCAAACACAUUGGCUUGAUCCAAAUACUCGUAUCUCGAGGCAACUCAAGAAGUCGAAGGAGUCAUAUGAACUUUAUUUUGGCGUCAAGUUUUAUGCAGCAGAUCCGUGUAAACUCGUCGAAGAGAUAACAAGAUACCAAUUAUAUUUGCAAGUCAAACAAGAUAUUCUACAGGGACGACUUCCUGUCUCAUUUGAAUUAGCUGCUGAACUCGGAUCGUACGUCGUGCAAUCGGAAUUGGGUGAUUAUGAUGCGAGAAAACACGUUUACGGGUAUGUCUCGGAGUUUAGACUUGUGGCGAAUCAAACGCGCGAAGUCGAGCAACGUAUUUGCGAAUUGCAUCAGAAGUUGCGAGGAAUGUCGCCGAGCCAAUGUGAACUCAGUUACUUGGAUAAAGUGAAAUGGCAUGAUAUGUAUGGCGUGGAUUUGCAUCCCGUGUUGGGUGAGGAUAGUGUCGAAUAUUUCUUGGGAUUGACGCCCAGCGGUAUUGUCGUGCUGCGUAAUAAAACAACCGUAGCGCAUUACUUUUGGCCUCGCAUCGCAAAAGUUUACUUUAAAGGACGAUAUUUUAUGUUGCGUGUCUGUGACAAAAAUAACGAAGUGAGCACAUACGGAUUUGAAACGCCAAAAAAGUCGGCUUGCAAACAUUUAUGGAAAUGUUGCAUGGAGCAUCAUGCAUUCUUCCGUUUAGUUCGCGUCCCGCCAUCGUCUUCGAACAAUACAUUGCCGCCAAAUGGAGAUUUAUUUACGAUAGGUUCUCGUUUUCGCAGCAGUGCCAAAAAUAGCGAAAAAUCUUUUGUACCAACACACCAAAAAUCAUCGACGAUUAAUAGUAGUAGUAAUAGUUAUCGGAUUCAACCAAAUUUUGUGCGCGUUCCGUCACGUCGUCAACCCCGCAGGAACAUGAACGAGCAAUUUAGCGAAGAAAAACGCCUGGAAUUGGUUCGACGCUCCAUGCACGAAGUCAAAAGUAUUUCAAUCCCUCAGCCAGUUGAAACUUACGAAAGUCCUUAUCGAUCAACGUGCAGUAUUCCCGCCGCCUUGAACAACAACAACCGAGAUCAUCAUCAUCAAUAUUCGUCUCGUGCCGCAUACAAAGCUCCCGAUUCUCCGCAAAGCAGCAAAAGUGUUCCUUGGAUGCGUUCACAUCAACGAGGCUUGUUCGGGAUAAAUUCAAGCCCGAAAUCCGUCAGAUCAGCAACGACUCGUACGAGUAAUGCCGUCACAAAUCGUUCGCAACGCGAUUCGAGUCAGCGACGUCGUUCGAGUUCAGUUGAAAGUCAUUCUUCAAAUGAUUCGCGUGGCGGAAAAAAAUCAAGUCGACGACGACAUCGCAGAAUUUCCGAUAACGAAAGUGAAUUUUCGGGGCGUUCAGGACGUUCGCACAAUUCGCAUCGCAAACAUCGCAGACAUCGAUCACGGAGUCGUCGAAGUGGCUCAGAAAACGAAUCUCGUCGACGCAGUUCGUCAAAUCACUCGAAUCGGUCGCAUCGUUCAGAUGGAAAUCGAGCUUCGAGUACGGCGUCGUUGGAAUUAAUCGAUUCGGGAGAUCAAUGGCUUGAAGCGCAGAGGAAACAAGGAGGCAUCAAUGGCGUUGUUCAUCAAGCAGCUGUCGUCAAAAGUAGUUCAGCAACCAAAAAGAACACUGAUACGAACGGAAAACGGAAACAACACAGAAAACAUAAAUCUCCUUCUGAUCGCACGAAAAUGUGGAGUAGCGAAUUGGCCCGACACUUACAAUUUGAUUUGGUUGAAACUUCUGGCAUGACGGAAGAUCAGCUACGAGAGAUUCCUUAUACAGUUGUCGAAACGCAUCAAUCCACGAAGAAACCAACGACAAGCUCUCUCAAAGUCAAUAAGACGAGUAAAGUUCAGAAUGGUGUCGAUCGGAUAAGAAAUUAUCCGAAUGAACAACCACGAGGCGUAAAUGGAUCCAUUCGAUCUGAAAGUACGAUAAGCUCUUCCAAAGAUUACGAUAGAAAUUCGGGAUUGAUAAGAAUGAUGUCUAGUCUAAGUAUGGUAGAUUUCAUUUCCCCAUCUGGAUCAAGUAUAAGUCCUGUUGACAGUAACGGGCUUCGUGUGUCACAUGAACAUACGGAUUCUGGGCUGGGAGCUGAUCAGGAUUAUGCUUACUCGUCAGAAAGAUCCAGUGAUAGUGCCAAAUAUACGAAUAAGUCAUCGGGCGCAUCUGUUGCGUCAAUUACCACGCACAGCAAAUCAUCGCAUAUGUCGUCGAUCAAAAGUCAUCAUACCCGUUCAAUAGUUGGCGAAAUGAGUACGGAGUUGUGAGUCACGUGCCGUGACAAAAGGAUCGUCAUACCAUUUUUUACAUGUACUUUUAAUAUUAAAUAAUAUCGUAAAGACUUCAGCGUGUAGCAAGAUAUUUGAUGUUUAUUCCUUUAUUAUUUAUUUAUGCUGAGAAAUUUGUAUGGAUGUAACUUUUCGUUAGGAUAUAAAAUUUUUGA